CUGGGCUUUCCCUCCACCGAGAUUCACUUCUUCCAGGAAAAUUCUUUUGAAUUCCGGUCACGCACGGCUAUCCAGUGGACUCGCUGUCUCUCAACUUUGACAAAGUUACCAAUCGGCCCGGGAACUGCUGAAAGAUUCCGGUGUCUGGACAAGGAGGAGUUUCCUUUUGUCACAUCUGUCGAUGCAACUGCAGCUGCUGGCAGUUUGAAGAGAUUGAACAGCACAAAAGGAUUUCGUGUCGCGGGGGGAAGCACCGGACGAGUGUUUCUCUUUCUGGAUUGAAAGAAGGAGUACAGAGAGAAUGCGGCUUGGCCGUUUCCUGCCCUGGUUCUGGGUGUUCAGGGUGUUGGUAUUGAAGGGUCCGGCUUCAGCCGCGGGCGCCUGGAGAAGGGAAACCUUCAGCCAACAUGUCGUGCUGGAUGAGAAUGGCAAAUACCAUUUAAGGUGGAAACAUGAUAACACGACCAUCACCUUCGAGGUGGAAGUUGAGACCAGGGGCUAUGUUGGACUUGGACUUUCCCCAACGGGAUCCAUGGCUCAGUCAGACAUGGUCAUUGGAGGAGUUGCAAAUGGGCGCCCUUAUCUCAAGGAUUAUAAUACAUUGAACUUCGAUGGAAAACUGAAUGAGGACCACCGUCAGGAUUAUCGCCUUGAGUAUGGCAUGGAAAAUAAUACACACACAAUCAUCGCUUUCUCACGAGAUUUGAAUUCAUGUGACAAUAAAGACAAGAUUAUAACGGAUAACACAGUUAGGGUGAUUUGGGCUUAUCACCCUGAAGAUGUGAAACAAGAUAGUCCACAGUAUCAUCUGUCAAAUCGUGGGAGGAAAAGUCUUCAUUUAUUGAACCCUGUGAUGGACACUUUUAUUCCUAAUGACGUACUUGUAUUUAACAUAAGACAUUAUAACGUCUCAAUACCUACAAAGGACACCACCUACUGGUGUCAAAUCUUUAAACUGCCAACCUUGACCAAAAAGCAUCAUGUGAUAAGGGUUGAACCAAUUAUCCAGAAAGGACAUGAACAUUUGGUACAUCAUAUUCUCCUUUAUCAGUGUCACAACAUCUUGAAUGAUAGUGCCCUUGGUUUUGGACAUGAAUGUUACAAUUCUAAUAUGCCUGAUGAUUUUUUUAAUUGUGAAAGUAUCAUUUUAGCAUGGGCAAUCGGAGGAAAGGGGUUUUCCUAUCCCCCCAACGUGGGACUUUCACUUGGAACAUCAACUGAUCCAGUUUAUGUAAUGAUGGAAAUGCAUUAUGAUAACUCUAAUUAUCAGGAAGGAUGUAUAGACAACUCUGGUUUAAAGUUGCUCUAUACACCUGUCUUGAGGAAAUAUGAUGCUGGAGUUAUUGAAACUGGUGUUUGGGUCAGUCUUUACCAUAUGAUACCACCCGAUAUGUCAAGCUAUGUUUCACAAGGUCAUUGCACCAUGGAAUGCCUGCAGGAGGCUUUGUCUCAGGAAAAAGCAUCUGGGAUCCACGUAUUUGCUGUCCUUCUCCACUCACAUCUUGCAGGACGAGCCCUGAGAAUAAGGCAUUUUAGAAAUCACGUAGAGCAACCUCUUCUUGCACAUGAUGAUGAAUUUGACUUUAAUUUUCAAGAAUUCCGCCAUUUGAAAGAGGAAAGAGUUCUUCUGCCAGGUGAUAGUUUGGUGACUGAAUGUCAAUAUAACACCACAUCCCGCAGCAAUAUGACAUGGGGUGGUCUAAGCACAAGAGAUGAAAUGUGUUUGUCAUAUGUGCUAUACUACCCAAAAAUAGAUCUUUCUAGAUGUGAGAGUCUUCCUGAAAUAACUCCACAGUUGGAAUUUAUUGGAGUGAAAGAAAUUUAUCAACCUGUCAGGACAUGGCCAUUUAUCAUCAAAAGCCCCAAGAAGUACAAGGAUCUUUCCUUUACUGAAGCCAUGAACAAAUUUAGAUGGUCCAAGAAGAAGGGAAGAGAAUUUAACAACCUUGUACAUGGAAUUGAGAUGAAUAUUAGGUGUGCUAAACAUGAUCAGAGGGAAUGGCAGGUACAUGGCAUACCAAUAUUACCACCAUCAUUAAAGCCUUGGGAACCAAAAUCAGAAACGGAGCCAGUCACCUGUCGAACAACUUGGCAGUACUCAGAUCCACUCCCUGUAUUUUUGUCUUUAGCCUUAUAUGUUGUUCUUACUGCAGGAAUGUAAUUUGUUUAUAUAAACUUGUAUACUAUACAUUUUCAUGUUUAAACUAUCUUUUCAUGCUGAAAUGGAAUUUGCACUACCAAAUCACUUUCAUCUUUGCUAGAUAAUCUUUCCAAUAAAAAAAAUACAAUUUGUUGAAA